AUGAUCCCCUUGGACUCCGACUUCGAAGACCUUCCCGUCGUGCUGAUCCUGGUUUGCCAAGGCUUGGAGGAACUGUGCUGCGAGUGCCUGCAGGCGGCGGAGCCUGCCUGCCGCACUCAGAUUUUGCCUUCGGGCGGCGUCGAUGGCGAGGCGUCGGUGGGAAAGGUGCUUUUGGCACUUCCAGGUGGCGAGCUGCUGGAGUUGCUGCGCUUAGCGGAUCAGCCAGGGCAUCAAUGCGCCUUCGCGCUGCUCUUGGCAGUCCAGGGGUUGGCGCCCAACCUGGAAGGCUUGAUGGACUUAGCCCAAGCCUUGCAGGCCUCGCCGCGCUGGCCGCUGGCGGAGUCCCUGUGGCGUCAGAGCGCACCCUGGCGCGAGGGCGCCAGCGGCUCGCAGGAGGAGUUUGCCUGCGCGUUGCGGCUGCGCAGGCUGAGGGCGAGCGCGCGGAGUGCACCCGUGCGCUUCCGGGGCUCUGCUGUGCGGGACGGGCGCCACGACUUCGAGGCGGGCGAGGUCAUGGGCCGUUUGGGUGGUGCGGCCAAGCGACGCAUGGGGUGGCAGGUCUCCCUGGACAACUACGACACGGAGGUCUUUGCGGUAGUCUGCGGAGAGGUAGCGGUGGUUGGCCUUCCGCUCUUCGCCGAGUGGCGUGGUGCUGCCUCCGGGCUCAGCCAUCGUCCCGAACGCUACUUCGUGCUGCCGCGCGAGGUCCGGCCGUAUUUGCGGCCUGACGUCCACAUCAACUACGGACGUAUGAGGCUUCGACCCUCGACCUGCUUUCUGAUGCUUCAGCUCGCUGGCGUCCAGGAGGGCAGUGUGCUCUUGGAUCCCAUGGGCGGUGUCGGAACCAUUGCCAUCGAGGCCGCCGUGCGCGUGCCGCGCCUCCGCGCGCGCAGCUCCGACCUCAGCGGCGACGCCACGGCGGCGGCGCGGCUCAACGCGGCACAGGCGGCGGCGUUUCUGGCGCCGGGAUCCUCCUUGGAAGUGCUACAGGAGGACUGCCGUCGCUUGACGCUGCCGGACGGCUCGGUCGAUGCGGUGGUCACGGACGUGCCCUUUGGGAAUCGCAACCGACUGAUCUGGGUCAAUGGCCUCCUGCCAGCCUUCCUUGCAGAGCUGCAGCGCGUGCUGCGGCCGCAGGGCGGCCGCGCUGUGCUGCUGCUGACGCGUGCGCAUGCGCGGCAAGUGGUGGCGCUGCUGGAUGAGGUCUUCUUGGCAUUGGUGGUCGUGGCCUUCCUCGGCCUCUUCUUGAGACAACUCCCCUCAGAGGUGCCGCUCGGUCCGCCACCGGUCCGCGACCCGGACCUGCUGGGUGCGCCGAGCGAAGCGGCCGAAGCGGCCGAAGCGGAAGCUGCGACGCCGCUUCCGCGGUGUUGCUAUCCGGGCCUGCGCUGCGAAGCGGGGCAAAGGCAGUAUAAGAUUCUGAUCACUCAGGGGGAGCGCAAGGUGUCCAAGCAAAAGCUCAGCUGGAUGUACCGCAACGUCCGAGAGACGCUGCUGGAAGGCUUGCGAAGCCGAGAGGAGGAAUGUGGCUACAAGACCUUCGUCCACGUGCCGGACAAUGACACGGAGAAUGGGAAGUACCCGGUGCAAAUGCGCAGGGGAGACGUCCUCAUUCACAUUGGACUCGAAGGGCGAGGAGACUUUGUGCAGCUGUGCCGAAGGACCUUCGCGCGGCGCAAGGUGUAUUGCAUCGAAAUGUUCUUGGAGCCAGCACCCAAGCCCAGUUUGGGUCAAGGAGUCUGCGAAAUCUGGACCUACAGUCAUGGCAACUUGUGGAGCUUCCCGGCGGCAUCCCAGCUGUGGAACCGAGCAGCGGGGGCUCUGGUGGAGCCGCCCUUGGUGCGCUUCGUGCCACCGGGCUUUGUGGUGAAGGAAGAGUCCGUGGCGAAGAGCUAUGAGGCUUCGGAGCUGCACUGGGGCUUCAUUGGCGCCGUUGGUGGAAUGCAAAGGAGACGUUUGGAGUGCCUGGAACACCUGCAGAAGCUCUUCCCAAAGUUGGAGAGCUAUCAUGCCUGGAAUCUUCAGCAAUGGAGGAGUUUAACAGCAAAUCCCAACUUGGCUUUCUUCAACAUCCAUCAGGAUUGCAACAACCAGAGUCGACCUGAAGAGCAGAAACCCUUGGAAACUGUCCGAAUCUCAGGGCUCUUGAGCGCGGGCUUUUUCGUGGUCACUGAAGAGAUCAAUCAACUGGACGCAGAAGCCUAUGAUGGCAUUGUUUAUGUGGAGAAGAACAUGUGGCUCCCUUUGGAGUCCUGGAGCGUGGAGCUUCGCCGUUUGCUCAGCAACAGCGAAGGCCUCACGCGCUACGUGCAGAAGGCCCAGCGGACCUUCCAGAGGAAGUUCGCGGCGCGGCGAAUUCUGGAAGACGCUCAGGUCUGGGAUGGUGGCUACGAGCUGCAACCACAUGGCGCCUGUGUGGCGAUCAAAAAGUCUCACCGAGCUGCCUGCGUGAUCAAUUGA